UGCGCACUUGUGAGCAGCUCCCAAAAAUACUGAGAGGGGCGGGGGGAAGAGGGGGUGAGACAACCAGACAGGAAGACAGCUCCAGAUCGAUGAGACCGAGGUGAAAAUCCACCACCUAACUUGGCGGCAGCAAAGUUUGUUUAGUUGUUUUUCCUCCCCUCUUCUUCUCACCUUUAAGCCUCAUUGCGCGCGCACUGAUCCUCUUGCUGUCCAUGAAGAUGCCCAAAUCCUCCCGUUGCGUAUUCCCAUGUUCCUCCCUAUGGCUGGCAUCUUUGGCUACUUUGGUGGUGCAGUCGGUGCUCUCUUCCUCCUACUCUUCUUCCUCUUCCUCCACAUAUCAGAGAUCUACAGCCGGUGGGAAGCGGCCGGGCUUCAUGGAGAGGACGCUGGUUCUCCUGGAUGUCAACACACGCAGUCCGAUCAGAGUCCUCAACGACAACUUCCUCUCUCUUCAGCUGGACCCCUCGAUUAUCAAAGACGGCUGGCUGGACUUUCUGAGCUCCAAGCGGCUCGUAACCUUGGCGCGCGGCCUGUCGCCUGCCUUUCUGCGUUUUGGCGGAAAGCGGACCGACUUCCUGCAGUUCAACAACCAGAAGAACCUCGCCAAGUUCAGAGGGCCGGGGCCAGACUACUACCUGAAGAACUACGAAGAUGAUAUAGUGCGCAGUGACAUUGCAUUGGACAAACAGAAGGGCUGCAAAGUGGCCAACCACCCUGACAUAAUGCUGGAGCUGCAGAGGGAGAAGGCUGCCACCACACAGCUUGUUCUGCUGAAAGAGCAACUGUCCAACAUCUACAGCAACAUUACAAUAACAGCCAGGUCUUUAGACAAACUGUACAACUUUGCUGACUGUGCUGGUCUGCACCUGAUCCUGGGGCUCAACUCGCUGCACAGAAACCCAGACAACUCCUGGAACACCUCCUCUACCCUGAGCCUCCUCAAGUACGGCGCUGGCAAGAAGUACAAUAUCUCCUGGGAGCUGGGCAACGAGCCCAAUGCCUACCGCAGCAUGGUGGGUCGUGCAGUCAACAGCACCCAGUUGGCUCAGGACUACACUAAACUGCGGACCCUGCUGCAGUCUGUGCGCUACUACCACCGAGCUCACCUCUACGGCCCAAAUGCAGGACGACCCCGCAAGAACGCCAUCCUGCUGCUUGAUGGGUUCAUGAAGAAUGCUGGCUCUGUUGUUGAUGCAGUUACGUGGCAACAUUAUUACAUGGACGGCAGAGUGAACAAAGUGGAGGACUUCCUGAAAACCCGUCUGUUGGACACACUGACAGAGCAGAUUAAUAAAGUCACCAAGGUUGUGAACACACAUACUCGAAAGAAGGUGUGGCUGGGGGGACUGGGGCCAGCGUGGGCAGGAGGCAUCAGUAAUCUCUCUGACACAUACGCUGCUGGCUUUCUCUGGGUGAACGCUCUGGGUAUGGCUGCUGUGCAGGGGAUUGAUGUUGUCUUGCGUCACUCAUUCUUUGACUACGGAUACACACACCUUGUGGACCAGAACUUUAACCCUUUACCUGAUUACUGGUUCUCUCUGGUCUUUAAGCGUCUUGUUGGUCCAAGGGUUUUAGCUGUGCGAGUGGCUGGACUGCAGAGGAAGCCUCAACCAGGAAGAGUCAUACGAGACAAACUACGUAUUUACGCCCACUGUACCAGCUAUUACAAUCAUAACUAUGUGAGAGGGUCCAUAACAAUCUACAUCAUCAACCUGCAUCGGUCACGGAAGAAAAUCAAGUUGGCGGGGACAUUACGGAACAAUACGGUCCAUCAGUACCUGCUGCAACCCUACGGCACUGACGGACUCAAAGCCAAAUUUGUCCAGCUGAACGGGGAAAAGCUGCUCAUGAUGGACAAUGAGACAUUCCCAGAGUUGAAGCCUAAGACACUGAGGGCUGGACGGACUAUAGCAAUGCCUCCAAUGACCAUAGGUUUUUAUGUCAUCAAAAACAUUAACGCAUACGCCUGCCGGAGAUAACACUGACCUGUCACCCCUGAGUUACAGGGUGAUGCUCAGAAGUCUGCCAAACCACAAACUAUCUGCCAGCUGACCCAAAACAUAAAAACUGUGUGGCUGUUUUUUUCUUCUUCCAAAUUCCAUGAACACACAGGCAGGUCAAAAUACUUUUUUUAAGAUUUUUUUUUUCUUGUUUAAGGACGCUUAAGUAGAAUGGACGUUUUGAUUGAACACAGUACAGUCCUCUGCUUUAACGAAAGCUGCUCCAGGCAUUAUUUCAAUAGUAAUAUUUAAAUUACAAAUAAAGUAGGCCCUUCCCUUCUCUGAUCCAACAAGAAAUAUUUGCGCAAGACGCAUAAAAAGGGCUGCACUGAACUGAACUUUUCAGUUUUUCUCACCAGCAACUCCUCACGUGCUACACGACUUAGAUGAUUGUUUUUGGCUUCAUAUGAAGCUAUGCAAUAUCAUAAAAGUCCACAUUCUUUGACUUGAUUAAGCUAUAUUUUCUUCUCUUAGAUUGUAAAACCUAGAGUUUGUUAUCUCAAUUUCUGCCAAGAGUUUUCUUUUUUUCAAUCUUUCAGUGACAGACUAAGAGGAAACUGAACAGGCAGCGCUUCUGAGGCAAUACACAAGUCAGCUUCAGUUUGACUUGAUCCUCUCCACAAAGAGAAACGGCCAUGGUGUGUGUAGGGUCAGACUCUGUGCGUGCGUGCGUGUGUGCGUGCGUGUGUGUGUGUGUGUGUUAUAUUGAUAAAGCUACUGAUGUAUCUGUCCAGUCUGUUUAGCCUCUGAAAGUAAACCUUUUUCCCUUGCCAUAUCAAGUGGCUUACGGGGAAAAAUCUGUUUCUUUUUUGGGGGGGCUGUUUUCAUACAUUGUGUUCAUCAUUGCUUUUCUGCUGCAGGUUUCAGUUAAUUAACUGCAGAAUACGAUAGCCAGGACAUGUCUGUAGUGCUGUGAGCAGGGGCGUGUAUAGCUGACAAUGUGAACCUGUCCAUAACAUCUGUCUUCACAUGCAGCCUGCAUACACACAAAAUCUGAGUUUUGCUUUCAGUUCUAAAUUCCAAAAUACCCGUUUUUCAGGUAUAUUUUAACAACUGUCACUAUCUUCAGUUUGAUCUCACGUUUUAUAAUCAUCUUAUGCUGCUAGGUUUUUGUGUACUAAAUAUACAUGAUAUAUUUUACAUAAGUUUGUACAGAUUUACUGUCAUAUAUUAUUAGAUAACAUAUUGUACAUAAAAGAGUGAUGAAAGUAAGCUUGAUAUGUUUUCUUACACACAGUAUACACCUAAUUUAUAUGAUUAAAUACAUUUGUUUUAUCUUUAUAUUUCUAUAAUAUAAGACUGUUCUGUUAGUGGUACUAAUGUCCCAGCUCUAAAGGAAAAUCUAAAAUAAUUUGUUUUGUGUUAAAUAACAGGGUGACUGUCUUAAGAUGCAAGUGUCAUAGGUGCAUUUUAUUCUGCAAGAAAGGGAAUUACUGUAAUGUGGUUUAUGGCUCCUGAUGUUUCACAUUAAUUUUAGUUAUAAUUCAUAAUAUUUCAUCUCAUUUAAAGAUUGUUUUUUCAUUCUCUAGGUUAAUACCAUAGAGUGAAAAAAGUCAUUAUUUGUUGUGUAUUGGCUUGAAUAUGAAUAAUGGUAACAUUUCUACACUCUUGCAUGUUGGCAAGUAAGCAGGUUUGGGGCCCAAAAAUGUUAAAUAUAAAGAAUACUUGUCCUCUGAAUGUGUUCAUAAUUAAUGUAGAGAUGUUCAUAUUUCUUUUGGAGAGCAUUAUUUUAAUAUGUAAAG